UUUAUCCUGCUCGUCAGCCAUAUUGAUUUUUAGCAACAUUCUGCUCAGCGUUGGUUUAGAUUGAAAUUAAGUUUAUUUGUAAUUAUAAGUUUUAAUACUUCUAGAUUUUAUGCUUUUGUAAUACAUUAUAGUGUAUAUUUAAUUAAGUCUUGUUUAGGUAGAUUUAUUUUGUUGAAUAAUGGGUAGGAAGAAGAAGAAGGCGUCGAAACCUUGGUGCUGGUAUUGUAACCGGGAGUUUGAUGAUGAAAAAAUUCUUAUUCAACACCAAAAAGCGAAACAUUUUAAAUGCCACAUUUGUCACAAGAAGCUGUACACAGGACCAGGGCUCUCCAUUCACUGUAUGCAGGUACACAAGGAAGCAAUUGAUAAAGUACCAAAUUCACUUCCAAAUAGGUCUAAUAUUGAAAUAGAAAUCUAUGGCAUGGAAGGUAUUCCCCCUGAAGAUAUUAAGGAGCAUGAAAGGCAAAAGACAGGUGGUGGAAAGUUGUCUGACAGUGAUGAUGAUGAACCUGCAGCAAAGAAGAAAGCAUCAACAGCACUGCUGGGUCCUGGGCCAUCAACAGUGACACCAGGGAUACUUCCUACUCCCAUGGGACCAGUACCUCCAGGGAUGUAUCCUGGACAUAUGGGAAUGAAUCCUAUGAUGCAACACUUCAUGCAGGCACCAAGAAUGAUGAUGCCUGGUAUGAGGCCACUGUUCCCUGCAGCCAGUGUUGCCAUAUCGACUCCAAGCAAACCCACUUUCCCUGCUUACAGCAACGCAACCAUUAGUGCACCACCUACAACAUCAACAUCAACAGACCUUAAAGAGAAUGGGGAUGUGAGGCCUCCUCCAGCCAACUCGUGUCCAUUGGUGACUGCCACGGGGGCAGGCUCCAAGAUUGUGCAUCCUCCUGAAGAUGUUUCACUUGAGGAAAUAAGAGCUCGGAGCAGCAGAUAUCGACCAAAGCCCAAGCCUGAAGCACCAAGCACUCCAAUACCUAGCCCAGCUAUGAUACAACAGAGCACAAGUCAGGCCGAGAUGUCGUUUCAGGUAGCAGCCCACAUGAAUGCUGCAGUGGCUGCAGCCAGACAACAGCAGGCUCUACGAAGCAGGCCCAUGAUGGGUGCAAUGGGUGGCAUGAUGCUCAGCCAGGUCCGAGUGCCUGUGCCUGUCUCACUUCCCAUGCCUGUUCUGCCUGUGAUGCCUCAGUUCAAUAUCGUCCGUCCACUCCAGCCCGGUAUGCUGUUGCCGGGCGGGAUGAUGCCGAUGGGUGCCAUGUUCCCGGGGGGCAUGGGAUUGCCGAUGAUGCAGCCGCGUUACCGGUAGUCGACCGGUCGCGCCGUACCAGACAGGACCGGCACAACUCACAGUUCCGCUCGCCGCAAGGUACGACCGAUCGCUACCGAUUACCUGACUAUUGAGGUUUAUUAGUGUGUGCUUCAAUGUGGCCGUCGCGACCGCCUGCUAUACUUCUACUACUUGCUAGACAAAUUACUCUGAUUGGCGACUUCUAAUUCAAAAACAAUUGGGUGCCAAUAAAACUUAACUAUAUUUACAAUUAAUUUUAAUGUAGUAACUUUUUAAAGCUUAAUAAUGUUUACAAGCAGUAAAUAAAUAAUGAAUAUGAACAUACAAAUUGUUAGACUUUACAAAGAAUUAAGUAAUUCUCGCGGUUGUUAAAAUUAUUUAUGAAUGAUUGUUAAUUUGAAGUUUGUGUUGAUGUAGAACGCGUGGAUUGCGGUACAAACGGGUUCGUUACCACGGGCUCUCGGUAAUGUAAAAAAUCUCAAUACUAAACUGACUGAAAACUCAGGUUUAAGACAAGUCGGUGAGGGUAAAGCGUGGCGAUGUAAUAAGGCCUGCACAUGGAUCGGUGUCCGAAGUAAGUGCGGCGCGCGGGACAGGUGAUGCGAGUCGCCCGACUUAUAUUAUUGACUUUGCGCACGUGUAUCCAACUAUUGUGAUCUACCCUCAUUUACGAUUUGCUUAAUACUUACAAAAAAUUGCUUUCUUCAAUCCUCAGAUGAAUUUGCGGUCGUUACGUUUAAAUCAAUAAUAUCAUAUCCAUUAAUUGCUCGCUUUUAUGUCCUUACUAUCAAUAGUAAUCAAUUCUUUAAACAACUGUCAUUUCAUUCAUAUUCUACAAAGCGUAACGACUACUAAAGGAAGACUGUAUUAUUGGUCAUUCGAGGUGGAUGCAGUUUGGUACAUUGCGUAACGCCGUAGUCACGGGUUGGGCCGGCAGUUCCCUGUGGACUUUCGCUAUACUAAUAAUUAUGCCGAAUUCCUAAAGCACAAUAUAGUGGACAAUUUAAAGAAGUAAUCGUUGUUUAAGGCUAGAUUUGAAAUAGAUAAAUAUCGAAUUAAAUUUUGAACUGUGGUGAGGCUGUCAUAUUGAUUUGUCUUCAAUGUUCGGGUCGCGAUAGUUAAUUAGUAGAGCGAAGGUGAGCAGGCGACUUGUGAUGUGUCACAACGAGUGUUGUUGGAUUGCCUGCCCCCUGUCCCUUAGCGAUAAUUAUUAUUAUUAUCAAUAAUUUAAAGUACCAAGCCCGCGACAAGCUGGCGGGUGUUAGUAAAUCUCCAAUUUUUUCUAAUUAAGAUGUGUUUAAGAGUAAUGAUGAUUAUCAAUGUUACAUAAUAUAUAUGCCUUGUUUUUUCUCUCUAAGAGUUGCCACGAUAAUUACUGUGACAAUCUAUCUUCUCUUGUAGAAUUUUGACCGUUUGACUCAAUAAAAUGCAAUUGAACUGAA